UAUCACCUGAUUCUCCUGAUUUGGAUGAUAGUGAAACUUCUUUUCCCGAUCUACAUCCUAUAUCGCCCGAUGUACCACUAGAUCAACAUGAUCUUUGCUCUGAUCCUGAACUUGAAGUUAUUACGUACGACAUAUUGCAAACAAUUUUGGCCCUUGAUGAUGAAGCUCUGAUCUACGCACCGGAUAUUUUCACGCUGGGUUCUUUAAUUUAUAUUAAAGAAAAAUUUUUUCCACAUCUCCCUUCUGAUCCAAUUACAGCCUCUGUUGAUGACCCUUCUUUGGAUGCUGAUAAUCCUCUUUCAGAUUCUUUACAGCAGUUGAAGUGUUUCGGUAAACGUAAACGUAAACGUAAUCGUAAUCGUAAUCGUAAUCGUAAACGUAAUCGCAACAAAAAGAAAAACAAACAAAAACCGCCUGCAUCUAAUGAAGAUUCUAGAUUUUUGCGCUCUCAUGGUGUCCCUUUUGUUAAUGAUCCUCUUCCUGCUGCCAUGGCUCGCGCUAUCUGGGAUUGCAAAUAUUCUGAAUUGUUUGCCUCGCUUUUCUCUCACCCAUUGGAUCGUUACACUUAUGACCCGCUCAUGGAACCUUCAGUAUAUGACGCUUACGAUUUUCCUCCUCCUGCUAACGAUGAUAAUUAUUGUCGUAAUCCGUUCAACACUGACCAACCAGCACGGUUUCAAGCUUCGAUUGGCUGUUCUGCGUCUGACUUUCUCGAUCCAUUUAUAGCUGCC